AUGAGAACCAAGUUGAUGUCAAAACGAACAGAACAUCAAGAAAUAGCGCAUUAUGGUUGUCUGUAUCAAACAUAUAAACAUGCAAUCGUGUUUGUCUGCAAAAAGAUGUUAUUGGCAAAAAAAUUUGAUUAUCAGGCUUAUUCAACUGAAUUUGAAGGUAUUAAAAAUAAAGACAAUGAAUAUCAUAAAACAAAGGGUUUGAAGACAAAUAAAGGCGAGUUUGUUCCACUUCUGCUAUUUUGGGCGGAAAUGUAA